GUAGCCGCAAUAAAGUGUUUACAAAUUUUUGUGCUGGAAAAAAGUCUCAACUGUUUUGAUUGUUUUUCCUUAGUAAUUUUUUUAAUUAAAUUAAAAUUUCAACGAUUGUGAUAGUUAAUUAGUCAACAUGGAGAUGCCAAUUAGUUUCCAUUCUAAUUGAUUGACUUAUGAUCGGUUUCAUUUAGAAGAUCAGUUUGAAUCUUGGGUGUUUUACUUUUAAUGUGAAUGAAACAUUUUGGAAUAUAAUUAUUUUCUUUUACCAUUGAUGAAAUUUACUAUUUUAUUGGACAAUUAAAAGGGUUAAUUUGUUGUUAUUAUGGAUAUCAGAGAAUCGAUUGGAAAUGGUGAUACUGUGACUAUUGGUGGCGAUGGUAAUAUUGGCUCUUCAAGUGGAGGAUUAGGAGGAGGAGGAGGAGGUGGUGGUGGUGGUGGUAUUAGAGAUGAUAGAUUAAUAUCAUCUCCAUCAACCAGUAGUUUAAUUAAUUCAAAUUAUAUUUCCGCUCAUCAUCCAAAUAAUUCAAUCUCUCACAAUCACAAUCAGCCUCAUUUAUCUUAUUCUUCACCAUCACCAUUACUUUCACCAGACUGUUUGGAUGACCAUGAUGAAAGUAAAUCUCCAACCUUUGGCCGUUUCCUGGAGCGAAAUGCAAUCUACCUUUAUGAACAAUUUGUUAAAAUAAUCGAAGGUCGUGGUAAAGGAUCACGUAGUCCAUUUGUCACCUCUCUUUGUAUAUCACUUGUCGUUAUUUAUCUAAUUAACCUGUUAACCAGUGAAUGGGGAACAAGCGGAUCAUCUGGAAAAAAUGGAAACAAUAAUAAUCGGAUAUCAUCUGAAAGUAAUUCAGAAUUUUUCUGGACCAAUUUUGAUUCACCAAUAACCGAAAUGUUCACUUUAACACCGGGUAACAUUUUAUCACCACGAUUCUGGAUCUGGUCAGCCAUUUCCACCAUAACCUAUCCCUUAAUUGAGCUUCAUUGGUGGCAAGUGGUUAACGAUGUACUCGCGAUCUAUUUAAGUUCAACCCUAAUUGAACCUCUUUGGGGAUCUCGAGAAUUGUUUUCAUUUUUUCUCAUAAUCAACCUUUCGGUUGCCUUUUUAACCACAAGCCAUUACAUAAUACUCUAUUCCAUCUACGGGUCGGAUGAGUAUCUUUACAACGUACGAUUGUACGGUUGCUCUGCUUAUUGUGCGGCCAUUUGUGUCUCCAUUAAACAAUUAUUACCCGAAUCAGUUUUAAUUGGAACACCGUUUGGAAAAUUUAAGAACAACAAUGUGCCUCUAGCCGGUCUUUUUGUUCCCUCUCUUCUUUAUAUUCUUAACAUUAUCGAAAGUAGCCUGGUUCUUAUGUUCUUCUAUGGACUUUUGGUCAGUUGGAUUUACCUGAGAUUCAUUCAAAAUCAUCCUAAUGGUCAUCGUGGUGAUCUUUCUGAUAGUUUCUCAUUUGCCUCCUUCUUCCCAAGUAUCUUGAAACCUGGUGUUUCAAUAAUAUCUAAUUGUAUCUACUCCUUUUUCGUGGCCAUCCGAUUGUGUUCACCAAUUGACAGUCGACAAUAUCAACCGUUAAGAGUAUUAGGUGAACGUUUAAAUCAAGAACAUGAUUCACAACCAAUUCCCAUGAGAGGUCAUAAAUUUAAGCAUCAUCAAAGUGGCGAUUAUCAAUAUUUAUCUCAACCAAUGCACGUUUAAUGAUCACUAAAUUAUGGUACUUUCAAGAUUGAGAUUGAACAGUAAACAACAACAACAACAACAACAAUCAACGUAAAUCAAUGAAAGUAAACAUGAAUAAUAUCAUUCGCUGCAACAUUAAUUGAUCAUCGUCAUCAUCGCUAAUAAGAUGAAAUUUGGUCCAGAAAUGAUAAAGUUUGAACACCAUUGAGAAGGAGGAGAAAAAAAAAUUAACGAAAAAGAUUAAAUCUUAUAUCAAGAGCUAAAUUAUUUUAAUACGUAAAUAACUUUAAUCAUCAUAUUUCAUCACUAACUGUCAAAAUUGGUCAAAUUUCACCCUUUCCCUUGAUGACCUCGUAUCCCUGUUAAUCCCACUUUACAGCUACAAUUAUAAAGCAUCACAUCAAAAUGUAAAUUGUUUCCCAUGGAAAGAAGAUGAUUAAGAUAAAAAUGGUGAUAUUUUCCAGCCCAAUUAACGUCCAUUAAUUGCAGAUCUUUCAUAUUCAUUGAUAAAAUUAAGGAAAUCCAAUGAAAAGGAUCAAUACAAUUACGAUAAUAAUUUUGUUACCCUGUUUUUCAUGAUUGGAGCACAAAACAAAAAGCAAAUCCUGAGAAUUGAACAUAAACAAUUUACCGAUUUAACUAAUUAUUAAUUGCUAUUAUUGUAAUAACAAGGAGAGAGAGUGAGACUUUCCUCCAGAAAUUGGAUCAGAUUAAUCACCGCAAAUGAUGACAAUUGAAAGAGGAUCUGGAAGACAUUUCAAUUUUUAAUCUCUACUCUUAAUCCAACAAUCAACUGUGAGGUAUUAAUAAUGUUACCUUAUUUAAAUUAGAUAAUAAAUUGAUUUUAAAUUGUU